AUACUUAUUAAAUAGAUAUGAAAAGGUUAAAAUGAUGGAAUAAUAAAUUGAGCAAUUUUGAAUGACUCAAAGUAUCGUAGUGUCGAUCGGACAGUGUGGCAACCAGAUCGGGUCUCGCUUCUGGGAUUUAGCCUUGAGAGAACAUGCCACAAUUAACCCGAAGAACAACUUUGACUCAGCCUAUCAGAGUUUCUUCCGCAAUGUGGACCCAUCCUCACAACAGGACUUGGGCGUGGGUGGUAAAGUGAAGAGUCUGAAGGCGAGGGCUGUGAUGAUAGACAUGGAGGAGCGAGUGAUAAACUGUGUGAUGCAAGGACCUCUGAGAGAUUUAUUCGAACACACGCAGACUGUCACUGAUGUGUCUGGCUCAGGAAACAACUGGGCCGUAGGUUUCUAUGAGUAUGGGAGCAGAUAUGAAGAGAGUAUAGUAGAGGUGGUACGACAGGCCAGUGAGCACUGUGAUGCUCUACAGUCCUUCUUUCUCCUCCACUCCAUGGGAGGGGGCACCGGCUCAGGACUGGGCACUAGGGUACUCAACAUCCUACAUGAACACUUCCCAGACAUAUACAGGUUUGUAGUGCCAGUGUACCCCUCAAUAGACCAGGAUGACGUUAUUACAUCGCCAUACAACUCAGUGUUGGCCAUGCACCAGCUGACCGAACAUGCUGACGUCAUUCUGCCAAUUGAGAACGCGGCCUUAGAUCGGCUAGUGAAUACAGUCUCUAAGAAACUGACUCAGAGUGGAGACACAUUAGGUUCAACUCAGUCGGGAUCGAAGAGCGGACAGAAAAGUAGCUCGUGUUACUCUUCGGCCGGUUCGCUGCAGAAGGAGGAGCAGGCGUUUGAUAGCAUGAACAACCUGGUGGCGCAUCUGCUCCUAAACCUCACUGCCUCCAGUCGCUUCGAGGGUAGUCUCAAUGUGGAUUUGAACGAGGUCACGAUGAACAUGGUGCCCUUUCCCCGCAUGCAGUAUCUCACCAGCAGUCAGUGUCCGCUCUACUCCCUCAAAGAUCUGAGGCUUCCGGCAAGGAACUUAGAUCAGAUGUUCAGCAAUUCCUUUUCUGCGGAGUACCAGCUGUUGGAGGCAGACCCCAAACACGACAUCUACAUUGCAUGUGCUCUGCUCCUCCGAGGAGCCAACGUCACUCUGUCCGAUGUCAGAAGAAACAUUGACAAGAUGCGGAAGCAAACCAAAUUCAUGCACUGGAACGAGGACGGGUGGAAGGCUGGCAUCUGUUCUGUUGCGCCAGUGGGACUGCCCUACAGUCUACUGAAUGUGUCCAACAGUCUCUGCAUCAGACACACGUUCUCUAGCCUAGAGAAUAGAUUCCUCAAACUCUACAGACGCAAGGCGAAUCUACACCACUACACUAGGGUGGACAAUAUGACAGCGGAUGUGGUAGCUGAUGCUGCAGAGUCUCUCCGCAGUCAGAUUCUGGAGUAUGAAGGACUGGUGCUACAGGCAAACAACCCACCUGCACAAGUACCCCGGCUGCAAGUGCUAUGAACUGACAACAGAGGGAAAAAGGAUUCAUCGGCUGAUGAUGUCUCAGAUGUGAUUACACAGCAUAGAUGACAGAUUCGUUUAAAAAUUUUGAAAAUAGAAAGUCUGGGAUCAUUUUUGAAGACUAAUGUGGUACUUUGAACUGCUAGAGGUUUUAAUUUUCAAAAAUGACCUGGAAAUAGAAAAGAAAGACUUAUGAAAGAAAUUUAUGCAUUGAAAAUAACUUUGACGUGGUUGAACUUUUGAUUUGAUCUUUACUGUGAUUGAGCGUUUGA